AUGGGAAGUGACUCGACCGUGUCCAGUCAGUUGAUUUCACGCAUUGGGCAGUUUCGAGAUGGGGAUUGGGACACGGCUGUUCGGCGUCGGACGGAGCUAUGUCUUAUUGAUAGUCUUGCCUGCUACUCAGCUGGUCGCUCGCUAAAACACUUUGCGCCAAGUGCGAUCGUGGCCAGCCAGCUGCUCGGAACGAAUUCUGACGGAUCAGAGCUUUCACCAUUUGUCAUGGCAUAUCUGUAUGGUCAAGCCGCCAAUUCGCUGGAUUAUGACGAUACGCUCAUGGGUCAUCCAGGCGCCGCGACCAUCGGUGCUAUAUUGGCUCUUGCGUCACAUGAACGCUUGUCAACAGACAGACUAUUACGCGGAAUCGCUGCAGGAUAUGAGAUUCAGUGGCUUCUGAGUGUCGCAGCAGCUCCAUCAUAUGAACGGGCAGCGCUUGUCCGGUCUGUUGGCGUAUGGGACACCGUUGCAGCAAGUAUUGGUGUAUCUGUCUCUUUAGGCCUUGAAGACUCUAUGAUAGAGCGAGUGAUAGGGGUCGCCGUAUCCCACUCAGUGUUGCCCUAUACGGCGAAGUGGUACACCAGGCCUAUUCCAGCUCUGAAAAAUAACCUGGGGUGGGCUGCUGCGGGUGCCGUGAUGUCUACAUGUCUAGCGCGUGCAGGACAAACAGGAGUUAUGAAUGCGCUUGAUGGCGAAACAGGGAUGUGGCGGAUGGCUGGGCCAGCCGUGCUGCGGGUCGGCUUCAAGCACUUCCCGGCAUGCUGGCAUCUUCAGGAAUACUUAAAAACCGUUUCGAAGCUCCUGGAGAUGAUGGCACCGAAAGAUGACGUUGUCGAGAUCAUCGUCGCUGGCCCUGAGGAAAUCAAGAAAUUCUGUCAACGCGAUAUCUCUGGUUCGGCUGACAUUGCAUUCAGCCUACCUGCUACUUUCAGCCUGUUGAUAUCACGGGUAGAGCCCGGUCCACUCUGGGACUCUUUUGGCAACGGAGAUGAUGCCUUGCGUUAUGCAGAAACGUUCCGUUAUGAGGAAUCAGAGGAUAGGGCCAUAACCCUGCGUACGCGGCGUGGUUCCGAAAUGAAGGCUGUGGUUAAUGUGUGUGGUCAUUAUCAUUUUGAUAAGGCCUCUUGGGGCUUGGAUGAAGACGGUGUUCUUGCUAAACACGCACGUCUAACUGACACCACACUACGCACGGAGACAGCAGCCGCCCUCGCAGCUCGGAAUUCUUCGGAAAGUAGCGUGCCAGACCGUCUCUAUCGUGCGAUGAGGAACGAUAUGGCAAUCAAGCAUCACGAGAGCAAUUAG